AUGAGUCAAACAUCUUUGAAACAGAAAAGGAAGAAUGAGGCUGGUAUGAGGCACUCAAAAGAAAGUCUAGAAGCAGAGAAAAGAAGGGAUUCUGAGAAACCGGGAGUUCGUGUGACAACCCAGAUGAGGCGUGCAUUCUAUCCGAAUCACUCGCUGAGAUGUUGCUUCAUGCGAGGUCACUCAUCGUGUAGACGCUGCUUUUGUGCAGCUGAGGGAACGGGAACAGUACUUCUUGGCCCCUGCCGCACAAUACGUAUUUAUAUUCACAUGUGCCUGUUGUGGGAGCAGGGCCAUCAGAUCACCACGAUCAGGGGAUCACAAGAAUUAUCAAAGGCAGACUCUCGGGGAUAUCUAGUGCGAAAUCAAUGGUCCCGGACAUCACGGAGCCCAUCCACCAGGGCUCAAUCCAUAGAUGAACCCAGAAGCAGGAAUGCCAGUCUUAAGCUCCCUAACAGCUCCAACACCUCCAGGACUCCAUCUACCUCCCCUAGCCAGCCUGAGUCGCCAAAGCAGCUGUCUGCACAGCCUUCGCCUUCCACACAAGCUAAACCACACAUGCCACCUGACUCACGACCUCCCACACCUCCAGAGCCGGAGCCAAGUUCCAGGCGCAACACCAAAAUGCAUGAGAAUCCAGAAGCCUGGGCUCAUGGCAUCAUCCGGGAAAUGCGGGAAGCCCGGGAAACUCAGCAGCGGGACUACCCACGCACGCCCCCCACCGAAUGGAGGACCUACUCUCAGCGCAAGGGGAUCUACAACAUUUCUGCCCAGCAAGACCGCGACUGUUUGUCUGAAAUGCAGCAGCAGCAGCAGCAGCAGCAUCAGGAUGAGGAUGAGGAUGAGGCUUACUGGGCAUCCUUGAAGACACUGUACGAUAAGACCCCCAGCUGCUCUCGUCCCCGGCCGCCCAAACCCAAGCAUGCCAUCACCAUUGCUGUCUCAUCCCGGGCACUUUUCAACAUGGUGGACGGCAGGAAAAUCUACGAGGAAGAGGGCUUGGAAAAGUAUAUGGAAUAUCAGCUCAACAAUGAGAACGUCAUCUUGACCCCAGGGCCCGCAUUCCGUUUUGUUAAGGCGCUGCAGCAUGUCAAUGCUAGACUCCGUGAGCUGUAUCCUGAUGAACAGGACUUAUUUGAUAUUGUACUGAUGACUAAUAACCAUGCCCAAGUGGGAGUGCGGCUUAUAAACAGCGUCAAUCACUAUGGCUUACUAAUUGACCGCUUCUGCCUGACUGGUGGAAAAAGCCCUGUUGGGUAUUUGAAGGCAUAUCUUACUAACUUCUAUCUCUCUGCCGAUUCUGAAAAAGUGCAAGAAGCAAUACAAGAAGGGAUCGCUUCUGCAACAAUGUUUGAUGGAGCCAAAGAUAUGGCUUACUGUGACACACAGCUCCGUGUGGCCUUUGAUGGGGACGCUGUCCUAUUCUCUGAUGAGUCUGAACAUAUUGCCAAGGAGCAUGGGCUGGACAAAUUCUUUCAACAUGAAACACUAUUUGAAAAUAAACCUCUUGCUCAGGGUCCCUUGAAAGGCUUUCUGGAAGAUUUAGGCAGACUGCAAAAGAAGUUUUAUGCCAAAGACGAACGCUUACUUUGCCCCAUCAGGACCUACCUAGUGACAGCCAGGAGUGCAGCCAGUGUAGGCGCUCGUGUGUUGAAAACCCUUCGCCGCUGGGGUCUAGAGAUAGAUGAAGCUCUCUUCCUUGCUGGAGCUCCCAAAGGUCCCAUCUUGGUGAAGAUCCGGCCCCACAUCUUCUUUGAUGACCAAAUGUUCCACAUUGAAGGGGCACAGAAAUUUGGCACCAUCACAGCUCAUGUACCUUAUGGCAUGGGUCAGAAGAUCACCCCCUAG